AGCCUUGUGGUAUAUUUGCUAAUUUCUGAACGCAGCUCUUGCUGUCCUGCUCACUCGUCCUCUCUCGCUUUUUCCUUCUUCUUUGCUUAGCGGCCAUUAACGCAUAUAGUGUUUUGUUUAAAUAAAUAGUAAUUAAUUAAUUUACUGGUUUUACUCAAGACACGACAAGUUGGCGACGAGACGAAAGUGCCCAGUAAAGUGUGCAAUAAAGGAUAUCGCUGAAAUUAAAGUGAUUUCUUCUGAAAAAGCAAAAACUAAUUCACCGGCGCACGCUUCAGUGUGAAGUUGGCCGAAAAAGAAAAAUAAUUGCAAACGCAUUCCAAAGUCGGACAUUUUGUGUUGUGACUAAGUUCACGUUUGUUUUGGACGAUAAAGAAAACAAAUGUCAAAUGAAUCAAAACGAAACUUUUACAACUUCUUGGAUUUACAAGCUGAACAAGACUGAACUGCAGGAAAAAUUAACCGAAUACGGAUUACAAUUCGAUGAUAAUCUUAAGGUGGAUGAUCUCAGAAAAUUACUUAGUGACUAUUGCAAACUAAAAAGUCGAAAACAAAUAAUGGCCAAUAAUUACAACUUACACUCUUUCGAUGGUGAGAAUUGGGAAUCAUUCGAACAGCAACUGGAAUGUAUCAUAGCAUUAAAUGAAGUACCAGAUUCUAAGAAAGUGCCAUUAUUGCUAACGAAAAUCAGCCCAAAAGUGUUUGAAACACUAAGUUGUAUUUGUGCUCCAGAGAAACCAUUAAAAUUAACCUACAUCGAGUUAUGUAAUAAAUUGAGAACCAAAUACACGCCCUUGCAAUCGUCAACCUUGGAUCGGGCCUCAUUUCGAAGCAGAAACCAGUUUCAAACAGAAACUAUUGAAGAAUAUGUACUAGCUUUAAGAAAACUAGCUGGGACGUGUAAAUUUAAGGACUUGGAUGACCAAAUAAAAGAGAAGCUCAUUGAUGGUGUCUACUCAAAACUGAUUAAAUUUGAAUUAUUAAAAGGCAGUCCAGAUGCUACUUUGGAUGAAACAGUAGUGUUGGCUAAGACUGUUGAAGCGGCAUUAGCACAAACCAAAAGCAAAAAUGGGACGGAGGUCUCGGAUAUGUUUCAGUACCAACAGGAGCAAAGAACUCCUUCUAAAAAUCUUUCUAAAAGAAACAAAUUCAAUAAUUCCAAGUCCCAAGGUAACAAAGGAGUAAAUAAACCACAAAUAACAUGUUACUGCUGCGGGAAUAAUAAUCACAUGAAAGCGGAAUGCAGAUUAAUACAUAAAUAUUGUUCUGAGUGUGGGAAACAGGGACACCUAUAUAAAGUAUGCCCCAAGAAUUCGCGAACUAAUCAAAUAUAUACCAUGGAAACUGAUGACCAAGGAAGCGACCAAUCACAAAUCCAGGAUGGUGUCGAAGAUUCAAUUGGAGGUCUAUUUGAUGAACAUAUAGAGGUAUAUUCUGUCAAUAGGCUGAACAUGUAAUUAAGGAAAAGUUUGCAGAAGUAUUCAGUUCCGGUUGGGGUGAUUUCAAAGGGGAGGCAAUUAAAUUAAAAUUAAAAUCAGAUGCCAAGCCCAAAUGCCUUCCAGCGCGUCGGGUGCCGUAUGCGAUGAAGGAUAAGGUAAAAAAUGAAAUUUCUAGAUUACUUGAAAAUGAUAGAAUCACUCCUGUGGAAUACAGUCAGUGGGGUACACCGGUUGUUCCUAUAUUGAAACCAGAUGGAUCAGUCCGCUUAUGUGGUGACUAUAAAGUUACUUUGAACCCACACUUGGAAGUUGACCAAUAUCCAUUGCCCCAUAUUAAUGACAUCUUUAAUACAUUGAAAGACGGAAAAUACUUCUGCGAACUUGACUUGAAGGAGGCAUAUUUACAGGCAAAAUUAGAUGUAGAUUCACAGGAAUUAACAACUAUUGUCACAGAGGAAGGAACAUUUAAAUAUAAGUACUUACCCUAUGGUGUAAGCACUGGUCCAGGAUCAUUCCAGCGUCUCAUGAGUAGUAAGCUUGCUAACAUACCUAAAACUAUUGUCUUCAUUGAUAACAUUUAUAUUGCUGGAAAGGACCUUAAUGAAACCCUAAAUACAUUGUAUACAGUACUGUGCAGAUUACAGGAAUGUCAGUUUAAAUUAAAACUAGAAAAAUGUAAGUUUUUCCAAACAUAUAUUGAUGUUUUUGGGUUCAGAAUCACCAGGAAUGACAUAAGCAUUAUAAAAUCAAAUAUUGAACCAUUAUUACAAGCCAAAGCACCAACAAAUAUUACAAUGCUUAGGUCAUUUCUCGGAAAAAUUAAUUACUAUAAUCGUUUUUUGAAGGAUAUGGCAUCUACUCUUGCACCUUUGUAUGAGUGUACCAAGAAAAAUAAAUUUCAGUGGACCAAAGAUUGUGAUAAGGCUUUUAACGACAUAAAAAUUAAGUUGUCAUCAGUAGAUAGCCUCAGACAUUUUGAUCUGAACUUGCCCUUAAUUCUAACAUGUGAUGCAUCAAGCACAGGGCUGGCUGCUGUUUUGUCAAACAGAGAUGUUGAUGGUACAGUAAGACCCAUCGCUUAUGCUAGUAAAAAAUUGAAUUCAGUGGAACAGAGGUACUCUGCUAUUGACAAAGAAGCGAUGGCCAUCAUAUUUGGUGUUACUAAGUUCUAUAACUACACUUAUGGUCGUAUGUUUGAGUUAGAGACAGAUAACUCAGCCUUAGUCAGGAUCUUUGGUCCAAACAAAGGCAUUCCUAAAAUGGCAGCGAAAAGAUUGCAGCACUAUGCAAUUUUCCUCUCAGCUUUUAACUAUAAGAUACGACACAUCAAAACUAAUGUAAAUCCUGCCGAUUUCUUAUCACGUUCAUGGGUAGAGACUGGAUCUAACAAUUUAGACUUUAAUUGUAUAUAUUUUCAAGAAACAGAUAAUAGUAUGUGUGUUUAUACAAACAGUUCCAAUUUAAAAAAUGUUGACUGGAAAGUUAUCCAGCACGAGACACAAAAAGAUGUGAUUCUAUCAAAAAUAGUAAGAUAUACAAUGGAUGGUUGGCCUGAAAAAAAAUUAAUUGAUACUGAACUAUUUGUUUUUUACAACCGAAAAGAUGAAAUAAGUAUGGAUAGAGGUUGUUUAUUUUGGGGGCAUAGGAUUAUAAUACCCACAGUAUUAAGAGAAUCUGUCACUGAGGAACUACAUCAAAGUCACUUUGGAAUAGUACGGAUGAAGCAAAUGGCACGUUCAUAUUUUUGGUGGCCUAAUUUAGACUCCGAAAUAGAUAUGAUAACAAAAAAUUGUAUAAUAUGUUUAAAUAACCAUAAAAACCCACCAAAGACACCUUUGAAACCAUGGCCGGUACCACCCUCCCCAUGGUAUAGGUUACAUGCUGAUUUCCUAGGUCCAUUUCACAAUAAAAUGUACUUAGUAAUUGUAGAUAGUUACUCAAAAUGGCCUGAGGCAUUUGAAAUGUCAAAUAUAGGUGCUGCUCGUACAGUUGAAAUACUAAAAGCUUUAUUCUGUCGGUAUGGAUUUCCAGUUCACCUGGUGACCGACAAUGGUCCUACCUUCACUAGUGCAGAAUUCAAUAAGUUUUGCCAAACUUUGAAUAUAAAACAUACUUUUACCCCCCCAUAUCAUCCCGCCACCAAUGGUGCGGCUGAAAGAUUUGUUGAGACUUUUAAAUCACAUGUAACAAAAAUAAAGGAAAGUGGAAUUCCCAUUGCCUCUGCUAUAAACUUAUUCCUCUUUGAUUAUAGAAAUCUUCCUCACAGUACCACCGGAGUCACACCAGCAAAACUUAUGCUAGGAAGGGAGAUGCGGAAUCGUUUUUCUCUAUUACGGCCCCCACCAGUAUCAGAUAAGGCCUAUGAAAUGUUAGAGAAGCAGCGAAAAUACACAUCAGGUCAUAGAGAUGUAUCAUUCAUGAUAGGUGAGAAGGUCAUGGUCAGGGACUAUCGAGGGGGUCAUAAACCAUGGAUUCAGGGUAAUAUUGUAGGUGAAUCAACACCAGGUGUAACAUAUAUUAUCGAUGUGGAUGGAAAUAACUGGAAAAGACAUGUAAACCAAAUUUUAAAAUGUAAUAGUAGUUUAUUAGAAUAGUUAUUGUAAUAAUAGUUAUUGUAGUAGUACCUUAAGAAUACCACUGUUUAAUACUACUGUUAUAAUUUAUAAGUUAUUUAGAACUAUACUUAGUUAUAAUUGAGAUUGUUGUUUGUUUUAAAAUGUAAGUGAUAGAAGGUAGAGAGAGCUAUUCAAACAAAUAUUUUAUUCAUUAUUGAAAGAAACAUUCAUAUUAGGUGGUGGAGGGUGUGGUAUAUUUGCUAAUUUCUGAACGCAGCUCUUGCUGUCCUGCUCACUCGUCCUCUCUCGCUUUUUCCUUCUUCUUUGCUUAGCGGCCAUUAACGCAUAUAGUGUUUUGUUUAAAUAAAUAGUAAUUAAUUAA